CGCGGCCCCGUCGCCCCCCCCGCCCCCGCGGCGCCCUCUCUCCUCCCUCUUUGUGCGUCUCGCGCCGCCGCCGCCCGCCGCGUGAGAGGACGGGUUCCCCGCGCUCCGCGGCCGCGUAGUCGGGUCCCCUCCCCCCCCUGGAAGGUUCGCGAAGGAGAAGCCGCCACAGCGGAAGAGGAGCUGCUGGUGCCGGUCCCCGGGGGCGCCAUGGCGACCGGAGCGAACGCCACGCCGCUGGACUUUCCAAGCAAGAAGCGGAAGCGGAGCCGCUGGAAUCAAGACACAAUGGAACAGAAGACAGUGAUUCCAGGCAUGCCCACAGUUAUCCCCCCUGGACUUACUCGGGAGCAAGAAAGAGCUUAUAUAGUGCAACUGCAGAUAGAAGACCUGACUCGUAAACUGCGCACAGGAGACCUGGGCAUCCCCCCUAACCCUGAGGACAGGUCCCCUUCCCCUGAACCCAUCUACAACAGCGAGGGGAAGAGGCUUAAUACUCGAGAGUUCCGCACUCGCAAAAAACUCGAAGAAGAACGGCACAACCUUAUUACAGAGAUGGUUGCCCUCAAUCCUGAUUUUAAGCCACCUGCAGAUUACAAACCUCCAGCAACACGUGUGAGCGAUAAAGUAAUGAUCCCCCAAGAUGAAUAUCCAGAAAUCAACUUUGUGGGGCUGCUCAUUGGACCUAGAGGGAACACCCUGAAGAACAUUGAGAAAGAGUGCAAUGCUAAGAUCAUGAUCCGGGGAAAAGGGUCUGUGAAAGAAGGGAAAGUUGGACGCAAAGAUGGCCAGAUGUUGCCAGGAGAAGAUGAGCCCCUUCAUGCCCUAGUUACUGCCAAUACAAUGGAGAAUGUCAAAAAAGCAGUAGAACAGAUCAGAAACAUCCUGAAACAGGGUAUUGAGACUCCAGAGGACCAAAAUGACCUGCGGAAGAUGCAGCUUCGGGAGUUGGCUCGCUUGAAUGGCACACUUCGGGAGGAUGAUAACAGGAUCUUAAGACCCUGGCAGAGCUCAGAGACCCGCAGCAUCACUAAUACUACAGUGUGUACCAAAUGUGGAGGAGCUGGUCACAUUGCUUCAGAUUGCAAGUUCCAGAGGCCUGGUGACCCACAGUCAGCUCAGGAUAAAGCAAGGAUGGAUAAAGAAUAUUUGUCCCUCAUGGCUGAGCUAGGGGAAGCCCCUGUUCCUGCAUCUGUGGGCUCUACCUCUGGGCCUGCCACCACACCCUUGGCAAGUGCACCUCGGCCUGCUGCUCCUGCCAAUAACCCACCUCCUCCGUCUCUCAUGUCCACCACCCAGAGCCGCCCACCCUGGAUGAAUUCUGGACCUUCAGAGAGUCGGCCCUACCAUGGCAUGCAUGGAGGUGGUCCUGGUGGGCCUGGAGGUGGCCCCCACAGCUUCCCACAUCCAUUGCCCAGCCUGACAGGUGGGCAUGGUGGACAUCCCAUGCAGCACAAUCCAAAUGGACCCCCACCUCCUUGGAUGCAGCCACCACCACCUCCGAUGAACCAGGGCCCCCACCCACCUGGGCACCAUGGCCCUCCUCCAAUGGAUCAGUACCUGGGAAGUACGCCUGUGGGCUCUGGGGUCUAUCGCCUGCAUCAAGGAAAAGGUAUGAUGCCCCCGCCGCCUAUGGGCAUGAUGCCGCCGCCGCCGCCGCCUCCCAGUGGGCAGCCCCCGCCCCCUCCCUCUGGUCCUCUUCCCCCAUGGCAGCAGCAGCAGCAGCAGCCUCCGCCACCCCCUCCGCCCAGCAGCAGUAUGGCUUCCAGUACCCCCUUGCCAUGGCAGCAAAAUACGACGACUACCACCACGAGCGCUGGCACAGGGUCCAUCCCGCCAUGGCAACAGCAGCAGGCGGCUGCCGCAGCUUCUCCAGGAGCCCCUCAGAUGCAAGGCAACCCCACUAUGGUGCCCCUGCCCCCCGGGGUCCAGCCGCCUCUGCCGCCCGGGGCCCCUCCCCCUCCGCCGCCUCCACCACCUGGUUCCGCCGGCAUGAUGUAUGCCCCGCCCCCCCCUCCUCCGCCUCCCAUGGACCCUUCUAAUUUUGUCACCAUGAUGGGCAUGGGGGUGGCGGGCAUGCCACCCUUUGGGAUGCCUCCAGCUCCCCCACCGCCUCCACCACAGAACUAGACUUGGUUUUUUAAGAAAAUAUAUAUUAUAUAGAGAGAGAACUGGUCUCGUUUAAACACGCCGAACCUCACCAUAUGGAGCCAGACAUUGGGACGCACGCAUGUGAUUGUGUGCACGCAUGUGUGUGUGUGCACUCACUGGGCUGGGCCAAGCGACUGAGGACUCGCUUGGGAAUGCGCAGGCAGUAGUAGGGGCGCCAGCUUGGGCUCUUCUGGCGCCCCGUAGCAUCGAGUGUCUUCUUUGUCUUUCUCUCCUCACCCAACUCCCUUUGCCUCUCCCCAAACCGGGCCACCAGGAUCCCUCCCCGCAGCGGCGAUGGCCCGAGCCAUGAGAGUGAGGACUUUCCGCGCCCAUUGGUGACCCUUCCAGGCAGACAGCCUCAGCAGCGCCCCUGGUGGACAGGAUGGUUCGGCAAAGCAGCCUGAGUUAUUUUUGUGGACGGAAUCGGAACACGCUGGCUCCAUAUCGUGAUAUUUUUAUUAAUUUUUCUUUUUCCUAUUUUUUCUUUGUUACUUUUCUUAUCGCUUCCUUUCUUCAGACUCCGUCCAAGGAGAUGCUCUCCCCGGUCUUCUGCUGCAAUUAGAUCCUUUCCCUUGUCUCCGUUCCUCCAUCCCUUGCAAAGGAAAGGGGAGCAAAUGGUUCUAGGCACAGGCUUUGACCAUUACUGUCAGGCUGGGGGAGGGGGUGUCCUUUGGUUAAGGUUUUCAAGGUGCCAUAGCCACCCCCAGAGAUGUUUUGUCUUUUUUUAAGUGUGCAAUUUGUUGCCACAGUUGUCAAGUCUUGUGAAAUGUGAAGUUGCUGAGGGUGGGUUAAUCUCCAGGCCCAGGAUCCACAUCACUCUGCACUCGUGCCAGCAGUAGGUGGCUCAGCACAAGCUUCUGGCUGGCCAGUGGGCCUGCCCUGCCGGCCUGCAUGGAGUCCUUUCUCUGCUCCUGACCACCUAAGCUGCCUCAGAGGCCAUUUGUUCCUCUCCUUCCUGGAAAGCUUUUUCUGUUUUAUUUUUAUCCCAAAUGUCUGAAUGUUUUGCAGUGUCUAGGGGUUUGAGCCCCUUGUUCUUUGUUCUGCUUCUUUUGCCCCCUUCCCUCUUCAUGGAGAGAUUAUGUUGACAAUGUGUAGCGCACGUUCUCUUCACUGGUUUAUCUACAGAAAUUUCUCUGGGCUUUUUUUCGGUGUUUGAUUCAAUCAACACUGCGCUAACGGGGGGAUGUUCCAUUGAAUAAAAGAGCAGUGUGGUUUUC